AAGAUGGUGACGACGACGAUGAUUCUCCGCGCAGAAUGAGAAUAAAUGUGUGACUUUAAUAUCUUUUAUUUCUUCAGUGAUUUCACAAGUUUUAUUUCCGGUGUUUAUUUUCGGCGGGAGAAUUGCGAGUUGUCUGUAACGCAGUAAAACUCCAGGAAACAAGUGAAAUCUGUGUGACACUGUUGUAAAGAUGUUUAUUAAAGAGGAGAGUGAAGAUAUGGCUUAUCCAGAAGCAUGCAGAAUUAAAACCGAACACACUGACGAACAAACAGAUUUAACGGAAAUGAAAGCGGAAAAUCAAGAAUCAAUAGAAGUGAAAGAGGAACAUCAAGAACUGAAUGAAGUGGAGGAACAUCAUUAUCAGAAUCCUCAUAAUUUCAUAACUGGUGGAAAAUCUUUUAGUUGCUCACAGAAGAAGAAUUCCUCACAAAACAAAACUCAAGCCAAAAAAUCUUUCACCUGCUCUCAAUGUGGACAUAGUUUCACGCAUAAAGGAAACCUUUUGAUUCACAUAAGACUUCACAGUGUAGGGAGCCCUUUUACCUGCCAUCACUGUGAAAGAAGCUUCACCAAUAGAGGACACCUUCAUAAUCACAUGAAAGUUCACACUGGAGAGAAGCCUUUUAAAUGCCAUCAGUGUGGAAGAAGCUUCAGGAAUAGAGGACACCUUCAUAAUCACAUGAAAAUUCACACUGGAGAGAAGCCUUUCAAAUGCCUUACGUGUGGAAAGAGUUUUACAAGAGAACGAGACCUUAAUAAGCACAUGCAAAUUCACUCUGAAGAGAAACCUUUCACUUGCCUUCAGUGUGGUAAGAGUUUCACGUCUAAAGGAUACUUUAAUGUGCACAUGAGAAUUCACACUGGUGAAAAACCUUUCACAUGCCAUCAAUGUGGUAACUGUUUUAUUUCUAAAGGAUCCCUUAAUGUGCACUUGAGAAUUCACACUGGAGAGAAACCUUUCACAUGCCUUCAGUGUGGAAAGAGUUUCAGUCAGUCAAACACCCUAAAACAACACGAGAGGAUACAUACUGGAGUGAAGCCAUACCACUGCUCUUCGUGUGGGAAACGUUUCCGCCAAUUAAGGUGUUUAAAAAGUCAUAAUUGUUGUAGUGAGCAAUAGGGCUGGCGAAAGGACAAUGUUAUCGGAUAUUGACAAUAACUUACAAAGAUCCCAAUGCCAAUUACGACACUCAAUUGACAGAUGAUGAUAGACAAUAUCGGGAAAUGGCAAAACCAUGGAUCUGUGAAGUAAGCAAAUAUAUUAAACAGUAUCCCAGGGUGUAAAACUAGCACCUGCCAAAUGCGACAAGGUGAAUCCAGCUCGCAAGCUUCUCGUCCAUAUGCAUUUCAGGCAUGGGUAAUUUGCUCAUCUACCUGCUACAGGCGGGUGACUUGUAAGACAUCUCAGAGUGACACAUGACAAGAAAUUCUGUUGGACACAAAGACACAUGCUUGAAAAACACACUUUAUUAUAUAUUUAAGAACAGUAAAAAAAAAAAAAAGACACCAAUGCUUGUGUCUGAUUCACUGUUUGUUUAGAGGUGUGAAGAAGUGGAACAAGCACAUGUAAAGAGUUAUCACUCUUUUUUUCUCUGGUUCAUUCAUCUGAAAACUGCAAGAAUAAUGUUGCCUAUGAGAAUGCUGCAAAUGAUCUCUGAUCUUCUCAGGAGGUGCUGUGAGUUUAGUUCGCUUUAUUUCCACAGACCAGUUAACGUGCAUUGUGAAUGCAAUCUGCAGGUUCAGUAAUUUGUCUUUGUAUUAAAGAAACAAACACAAAAGUGAUUAAAUCUGUAGGCUAUUAGUAAUUUUCCACCUGUUGUCAUUGACGGAUGCUUGCGUGAUGGCAAAUGGAGCCACUGGAGAAUGUACAUUUUGGGAUUUAUAAUUUUGUAUUGCUUUUUUCAUAUUGUUUAAAGUACAGUUUGAAUUUAGAAAUUCAUUUUGUGCAUGUUUUUCAUGUUUCAAGAAAUGAAUUCAAAUUUUAAAGCAAAAUCAAUAAAGCAAAAAUUUUACUUAUCGCCUAGCCCUAGUGAGCAAAUUGCUGUUAAUGGUAAAAACUACAAAAAUAAAAUUAAAACUACAUUGCUUUACCUGUAGCAGAGGAUGUGAGCACAGCAAGGAGUGGGGCAGAGCUACAGCCAUGAGAAUGUGUUCUACACUGACAAAUAUCUGGUGUUGGCAGCUUUAUUAGGUCCAAGAGAGGAUUAUAAAAGAUGAGUUAGCUGCUAGUUAUAAACUCAGAGAUUCGCUUGCUGCAAUUAGGACAACAGCAUGAGGAGGUGAGCGUGCGGAGGCAGUUAAACAAAUCAAAGAGAGAACAAGACUAUUAACAAGGUGUUGUUAAUGCAGUUUUGUCAUUUGAUUUGCGACAUGAAAGAUUAGAUUAUGCCUAUAUGACAUGUUGUCUUUUUUCUCGUACCUGAUUAAAACAAAUAAACACUGAAUGUUGACAAAUAAAUGUUCAAAGAGUGAUCAAACUAAUUAUUUUAUGCUAAUUUUAUGCAUCGUCACUCUUUGUAAAAGACAGCUGUAUAAAGGAUAUCAAACAUAGGCUAUUUAAUAUCACUGAGUGAUUCAAAUGAUAAACAUAUUCAACAGGCAACUAAAUCUGAGAAAAUCUAAAU